GCGGGGUUUCGUGUCUUCCGGCAACCCUCGCUCGCACCUGACUCACCUGUGGACAGGUAAAGAGCUCCUAGAUUAGGAUGUCGGCACGUAGACCUUUUCAAAUAGACAGCUGGCGGCGGUUGUGAUACUUCGUGCACGGCGUUUGCUAACUUCUUUUUUCACGUUAACUUGGUUAUGGUCAACGCAUUAAAGGCGCUGGUGGACAUUUAAGCGUCUUCUUUCAGAGAGCCUACCUGAACAGUUUUAUAAGUUUGUAUUAUCUUCACUUAUGGCAGCAGCAAAUCGCAAUAGACGAGGAAGAGCUCAGCUGCCACCAUGCUAUCACGAAGGCUUUCUAGAGAAGAAAUCCAUCAAAGACAAGAUGGGUCGUAAACUCUGGACCAGUUUGUGUGGAGAUUCACUUUUUUUCUUCAAUAGCAGCAAAGACAGUGUGUAUAUUGAGAAGCUGGAGCUGUCAGAUCUCAACUCAGUGUCGGAUGAUGGCUCUCGUGAGCGAAACCUGGAUGCUGCUGGUUUCACCCUGCACAUGAAAAAAGAAGACGUCAGGAUGAUUGCUCCCAGUCUUGAAGCCAGAGAGCUGUGGAAAGGCUACAUGCUCUCAAUUGCUAAGCUCUCUGUGCCAGUGUCUCUGAACCUGCUGCCUGGACAGAUUCACGCAAUGAAGGAAGUCAUCGAAAAAGAGAAAACACGACAACGGCUUCCUUCAGCUUCACCGCCAGAGCAGAACUUUGACCCCUAUGUUUGCGUAUUACCGGACAUGCCUAUGUGUUUUCAUAAAGUGUCUCGUGUGGAAGCUGAAAUUUUGUUGGAAAGGAAUCCUAAUGAUGGAAACCUUCUGCUGCGGCCGGCUCAAGAUCUUUCUCUUUCGUCGUUCUCUCUCACCACUCGGCAAGAAGUUAAUGGCAAAUCAAUAUUUAAGCAUUAUCGAGUUUUUCGGAGGCCUGAAGGAGGAUUCGUCAUCAAUCUCGACUCACCUAUCAACUGUGCCACCCUGCACGAUGUGGUUAACAGUAUGGUGGAGAAGACCGGUGGGGUUUUGGUGCCUUUCCAUAUGGAGAAACACUAUGAUCAAGUUCUAGUAUAUGUUGAGAAAAAUGAAGAAAACGGUGAGCUGAGCACACACUGUGCCAAACCAGACGCUUCAUCUACACCUCCAGUGCCCCCACCCAAACCUGUCACAAAGGCUCAAAGGUCCAGUUCAGAAAAUGAAUACCGCAAUAUCCCACGUGGAGGAGACUAUGAGCAGGAUGAAGCUGCAUCUCCUGCACCUCCAGUUCAACCACGUGUUCCAGGUGACACAAAAACACGGCAUUUGCCGUACCAGUAUUCAAUGCCUCAAGAAACAAACACCAGUUCAGACUGUGAACGAAAAGCUCUGGUUCCUCCUGGCUAUGGUAAAAAACCCCUCAGAAGCAACAGUCUAUCAGACAUGCCUAAAAAUGCUCCCAAGCAGCAAAUCGUCAUGGAUGAGCUGGCCAAGGUUAUUAAUAGCAGACGACCCAUCCAGGAGUGAUUAUGUGAUGACGAUAAUGAUGGUUUCACUGUGGAACGAGGAGUAAUUCCUAUUAAGUAUUAAGCUAAGUCUUAAAUCUACGACACAUUUAUAAGGCUUUUAUUGCUGAGAAACGAGCCCUCGAAUCAAGUCUUCUUUAUCGAUCCUUGUAGCAAUAGAUCAGUGUGUGUGUGUGUGUGUGUGUCUGUAAAUCACUUCUGCUGUUUGUGUAGUUUAUCUCAUUGACAUAUUAUUGAUUUAUGGCCAUUUCAGAGGUUAGUCAGAUGUAAAUAUUUUCCCGUGUCAGAUAGCUGGUCUACGUCUCCUGUUUUCAGGCUUGAUGCGAUGACUCUGAAUGAUUGUGACUCAAGUUUGUGGGGAAGUUGCAGGUCUUCUUUCUCCAGAUCUGAUCAAAUGAAUAUUGUUUUGUCUGUUCCUGUUCAACUUUGUAUGUUAUUUGUUUUUUAUAUUGUUUAGUUUGAGAACAAUACAAUCAUCAUGGAAAAACAUUUUAAUCUGAGUCAUAUUUUCUUCCUUUUAUAGAUGUGCAAGACAAUAAGUAUGUUUGGCAUUUGUUUUAUUGACGUAACAGGAAGUGUAACAGUUUUGGUGUUUGACUAGAAGCACUGCGGGCUGUAUUAGAUUUUCCAAAACAAAAAAAGAUGUCCUUGUUUACUCAUAAUAGCAAAAUUAAUAAGAAUUAUGUUGUUCCAAAACACGGUAUGACCAACCUUUUCUCUGUUCUGAGAUUGCCUUUUCACUGUAUUUGAAUGUGGAGCAGCAUAAAUAUUUCAUAAACUGUAUUCACCAAAAUUCAGAGAGGGCUGGGUCCAUAAACGAUAUUAUAUCGAAUCGCGAUUAAAUGAAUGUCAGUAACAGUGAUAAGCUCUGGACUUUUAUUGAUCUAAGAGCAAAUCACACAGCAGAAAUGUGCGACAAUGGGAAUCUGAAGGUGUGUUGAUAUUAGAGAUGUACCGAACUUUUGGCCACUGAAAAUUCAUCGGCCGAAAAUAUGUUAUGGCAUUUUAUGAACCCUUUAAUUUUUGUGGCUUCAGUUAUUGUUGGGGUUCUCUUAAAACUCUGGAAACAUUAAAAACUUGUAUCGAAAAGUAUAUAUUGUUAUUGUUCAAUAAUAUGGAAAAGAUUAAUGGUGUUUGUUAGAUUUUAGUUUAGGUUUUAUUUUGGGAACACUAUUUUUUUUUAAUUUAAUCUAGAUUUUGUUUCCUUUUUAUUAGUUAACAGAACACAUCCAUUGUUGACCGGAGCAAAGUUUAAUCUUUAAACGGCUUAAAUGAACACUUGUGCGAGCCUCUUAAUAUUAAUAAUUGAAUAAUAUCUGAACAGACACUCAACCCACACAAAUGCAACUUAAGACAAGACAAACUUAAUCUCAAAGAUCCUGCAUGUACUUAUUGACUAGUUUAUUUUUGUUUGGCAAAUGAAGAAAGGUUAGAGCGUGUUCUGUUUAUAUUGAGAUUAAGGCUGCACAAUAUAACGUUUCAGCCUCGAUAUUACAAUGUGUGAAUCCGCAGUAGUCACAUCACAGGAUGACAAGCAAUUUUAGGUGACUUUAAACCAUUUGGGCACCAGAAAUGAUAAAGUUUUCCACUUUAACAAAGAUUAAUUGUGUUUAAUUAUUAAUUAGCUCUACCUACAUGUACUGACUCUUCUUGUGGAAUUGCUGAAUGACUCCUCAAUUGUAAUUUGCUUUGGACAAAAGCGUCUGCUAAAUGCAUUGAUUUAUACAAUGAAGACUAUAGAACAUUAUUUUACAUUGAUUAUUGAAUUUAUGUACCUCAAUACUAUUAGACUCCACCGAUAAACCAAAGCGCUUCAUUUCAUUUCUAUCUUUGUUCUAUUUUCUAUUGUGUUCAUCUUUUGCUUUAGUUUUAUAUAUAUAUUUGUAUAAUUUUGUACAUUUUAUGCUGAUGCACCCCAGUAAACGAUUGUCCUUAUAGUCCUAAAAUUAUGAAUUCUUUCCAAACGGAGUCAUCUUGUAAAAUUGUAUUCAUAUCUCAAUAUAAAUUGCAUAAAAACUAAUUAAUUGCAAUGUUGUUUCUCCAAUAUCCAAUAUAGCCCUAAUUGAAAAGAUGUCUAAUCUUGCACUUCACUGAUGUGUUUGUGUAGCAGAGGCCAGCCAGUGAAGUGCUGUGCAGGUAAACCUCACUCCUGACCUCUAACGGUGCUGUAGCUGCAGACACUAGAGGUCCUUGUUGGAGCAACCGACUCCCAUGCAAAGAGCUGCCGGUUCGAUCAACUUAGAGCGGGUUGGCUAGUGUAGGACCGUUGGGGUUACAUUUGGCUAUAAAAGUGCGUCCUUGGGUGCUUCUUGAAAACAUUUUUUCAACACAGAAUGUGUUAUUAAUACUGAAAAUGAUUAAUAUUUUUGCAAAUUAUAUUUUCAGUUGGUUCUUUAGCGAUUGCUGCACGUUUUAGUUUUUGGAUUUUUAAAAAUAAUUAAUCUUGGCUCCAGUAACAGGUACGUUAUUAAAACAUCUGCAUUCUAAAGAGAGAAAAAAGGAGGUCACAGAGGUUUGGAACAAGGUAAGAAUGAGUAAAUGAUUACACAAUUUUACUUUUUGGUCAAAUUUUCCCUUUUAGAGGACAGCAAUCUGGCAAAAAAA